AUGGUGCGUGUCACGGACGAGCUGGCGCUCUCGCCCGAGCACAUUGCUCUCUACCACGCCGCCGAUCCGCUGCUGGGCCAGCUGCCCGUCCUCAUCUUCCACGGGCCCUCGACGACGGCCAACUACACGCUCAACAGCUCGCGCGUCCAGGUCCACGUCUUUACGCCCGCCGGCUUCCAGAGCUUCCCGCGCAUCACCAUCUCGCCCAGCUCGCCCUUCUACAGCGUCGUCAACCACCUGCCGCGCGAGUUCCAGGGCGACGAGGUCUACCGCGGCCUGGCCUUUGGCCUGUUCCGCUACUUCAAGGAGCUGCCCGACAAUGUCAAGGCGCACCUCAAGGCCGCCUACCCGCCGCCCAAGGGGAAGCGGCCCAGCAGCGCGCCCGCCCUCUUCAGCGAGCAGCAUGCCGCCGACCUGGUCAAGGAGAUGGUGCGCAGCGAAAACACCGCCGACGUCGUGGCUACGCUGGAUGAGGCCCUGCAGACCCAGCACGUCAACAACGUCGACAUCGACUUCAUCCUGCCGCCCGGCUCCAUCGUGCCGCAGUCGGCCGAGCUCGACGACAUGCCCGACGACGAGGACGACAUCAUCGACCCGACGCUGCGCCAGUACGGCAACUACACACCGCUGGUCAAGCUGUUUGGCGAGCCCGUCUUCCUGCCCACCAGCAAGCUGCGCCGCGCGCCCUCGAAGCCCACGCCGCUGAAUCGCAACAAGACCUUUACCAAGGACCAGAAGAUGGAGCUGCGCAUGAAGAUGAGCGAGCUCGUCGAUACCGAGGAGCGCUACGUGCUCAAGGUCCAGGAGCUCGUCAAGACCGUGGCCAACGACUUCCGAAAUAACGCAAAGAAGCGGUCCAUGGAGAGUCUGAGUCCGUCCGAAGAAGAGCUGGAGAAGCUGUUUCCCAAGUCGUCAGACGGGAUUCUGCAGGUUAACUCGGCCUUUGUCGAGGAGCUGCGCAAGAUUAUGAACGAAACCGAGGAGGACGCCGUGAAAGACAUGGAAAACCCGACAAUGAGUCUGUCGUCUUCGAUGAGGGCGGGCAACAAUGCUGCUCCCAAGAAGGAUCCGCUCGGCGCGUUGGCCAUGGCCAAGCUGUUCCUCGAAUGGUUCCCCAAAUUUACCCAGUGCUACCAAGACUACAUCAAAGCGAGUCAGCACUUUCCGACGCUGCUAAACUCAUUCCUGGACCAGCAGUCGAGUUUCCGGCAGCGGGUGAGCAAAGCCGGCGAGCAGACGAUUCGCUCGCUUCUCAUUGAGCCCGUCCAGAGGCUGCCGCGAUACAGCCUGCUCAUCGACCAAAUCAUCGCCUCAUUACCCAUCACACACCCGGCGCUGCAGCCCAUGCUCAAGGCGCGAGAUAUCAUCACCAACAUCUGCUCCAUGGACGAUCCCCUGCCAGAUAAGCCUCAUAUCGCAAACCGCCUUCGAAAUAUGGUUGAGGCGUGGCCCGCGGAUCUUGAGCCCCAGGGCCGACUCAUCCUAGCUGCUGACUUUUUAGAACUCUCACCACCAUACCAGGCCACAAUCGACUCCGACGAUGCUGGAAUCUUCCUCUUAUUCUCCGACUACAUCGUCAUGCUGAGGAAAUCGGGCGAUAACAACAUGACGGGGCGAGAUUUGCUUCGCGAGAUCGACAAGCCCUCAGCGGCAGAGCUGCUCAUUUCCAUGACGAAUGCUGCUGGCGGUCCUAGCCAUUACGAGUUCAUAUUCACGGGGUGGCAUCAUCUCGCAGAUGUUCGCUUUACGGAAUCGGCCGAUGGCCACCUCAUCUGGAUGACAUCCAGCGCAGAGAUGAAGGGCAUGCACCCCGGAGAGCACAAGGUUCCUAAGGCCAUCACAUCACGGUGUUUCCUGCUGCAAGAGGCCUUUGAGGGCAAAGCCGCAAAAUGGAGCGAAGACGUCGUCAAAGCCAGGAUCGAGGCACGUUUCCCCGAGGUGGAGAGAGAAGAUUCUCGCUGGACCCUGCGAUCGGUACGAAUGCCUGAGAACAACCUGGGACUGCACGCCGCGAUAUUCCAAGAGGGAGCCGAUCAGCUCAUCGAAGGCCGACGCGAACCGGCUCCUAUCCGAGUGGUAGUGGACCAUGAGAAGGGGACCAAGGGUGCUCCAGUCGGGCACUAUGGCAUCGAGAUUGUGAUUAACGUGACGAGCAAGAAUAUGAAGAAAAUUUCUCUGCUCACGGUGGGACUGAAUGGGAAGCAGUACCAGGACGACGUGGCUCUGGAGGAUUUCCUCCCCACCAUGUCAAGACGCAUCAUGCAGCUCUUGAGCGUUCAGUUCAAUGUUUCUAACCGGGCCCUCACCGCCCCCAUGGUCUCCUACCACUCCAAGAUGCUGCGAACCCUGUGCCUAUCCAACCGAGCUGAAAAGACACGAUCUUUCCUGGCGGCUUCUCCUGUCAAACUCUUCACCAGCCUGUGGAGCGGCUCAAACAACGCUUCCGAGACUACCCUUUCAGAGGCCAAACACCCACACCAAGCCUCCAUCCAGCGAGCCGACAGCCAUCACUCCAUGUAUGGCUCCAUCAGAGGCAAGAACAGCACCAAUAGCAGACAAGCAGUGGAAGAGGUGAUGCCGGAAAAUCCUCUUGUUCGACUGGAGCAGACGUUUGAGGCCUUCACCACGGCUCUUCAGUACCGCAAGGGCUCCAUUCAUGGCAGAACUUUGUUACACCGCGCUUCGGCUGACGAAUUGCUCGUCAACGAUCUGUACAAUAGGCUCAUUGAGAAUCCGCAAGAGGUGGAAGUGGCCAACGAUGUGGGAACCGAAGUCGUCUUUACGGCAUUUGAAAACUUCCUCCACAUUGCCUGGACUGAACAGAUAGGACCUGUGACGACCAUCAAGAUGCUCGACACUCUGCAGGAGCGAGCCAACAAGCGUGUCCCGGGCGAGUUUGCCGACUUUGUCAACUUUUUGUUCAAAGAGCUGGCUCCGCAGAACCGAAGAGCGUUUACAGCACUGAUUAAGCUGCUGGCCGACUUGCUGGAUGGUUGCAGCAACGACAGCGAUCGUGGUGCCCUGACGUUGGCGUUUGCAGAGAUGCUCGUUACCGACGGCACCGCAGCAAACUACAUCAACCUCCUGGAUCGUCUAGUCGACGAUUGUGACAGGAUAUUUGGCGAGCCCACGUACGCCGGCUUUAGUUUGGCCGAGCUGCAAUUGAUGGAGUCGUUCCAGACGCGCAGUAGUGGCGGCGUCGCGAGCGGCAACAAAUCUCACCAGGGCUCCGUGACAUCCAACACAUCUUCGCUGCGCCGCAAGUUUGGCCUGGACAUGCUGAUUCGACAAAACUCAAACUCCAAGGAGGAGCGCACUUCUGUCUGGCGGAGUCUCGGCAAGCAUCGAAACCCAGCCACCGGCGAGAGCGCGAGCAUGUCUAGGGCGACAAUGCAGCAAGCUCUGCGCCAUCGGUCAACCGAUGACAACAUCAUCCAUAAGAGAUUUACCCUGGGCAGGCCGGGAUCUGGGGAUAGGCCUCACGUAGCUACUGCCUUUGAGGACCCCGUGAGACCGCCCAGCAACCAUCGCAUGGAGUUUCCGCUCGACACCAUUGGAGAGCCCGCCUAUGAACCGUCGACGCCUGGAACACCCAGGAGGCAUUACAAGAGGAGAAGCUCCCUGUCUGAUCUCAAGUCACUGAUAGAUACGACUAGCAUUGACGAGGAUCGAGAGGGAGAGGAGAGGGAGAAUGCGCUGCAGCCUCUUCAAAACACAAAGGAGACGUCGGAGAAGCUCAAUGGUAGUCCCAAUGUGCUUUCGCCUUCCAAGAUGCUCAGUCCCAAUGCGUCACAACUCCUCCGGUCGCCCCGACAGAAAGAAAACUUUUCAACCACAGAUAUAUAUGGUAGCAUACGGGGGCUGAGAGCGGCGUCACCCAUCAAGGAGAUCCAGGCCAAGUUGGAACAGGCAAUGCGGGGCGAAUCUCCAAACAGACAGGAUCCACCUUCACAUAGGAGACCGAGACCGACACACAGCAAAACUCUAUCAACGUCCAACAUUCCAACGCUGCUGCCGCCGCGGCCGAUCCGGCCAGGAAGCUCAUCCGGCGAAUCGCCGAGCCGACAAUCUGGCAACGGCGGCAAUGGCAGCAACGGCAGCCCUACGCGAACUCCGGCACAGAAGCUCCGUCUACAGUCUCCUCAGAAGCUGCGGGAGAGGCUUCAGACGGAGAAGACUGCUGUGGGCGAGGUGGAUGCCAUGUUGCAGUCAGAGCUAGUCAAGAUUGGCGAGGAAAUGGCCAUGGUCAAUAGUGGUACCUUGGACGAAUCUCAAACGGUCAGUCUGCAACGGCUAUCUCAGUCAGUAGCAGCGCUGGAAGAUCGAAUGCCGGUGGUGAUGCAGGAUCUUCAAGAUAAGCAGGACGAGCUGCAGCGGGAUGUGGAAAUUACGCUCAAGACGACAGAGUCCAAGAUGCGCUCCAUUGACCAGCUGCACAAAGAGGCCGUGGCGGAGAAUGAGCUGCUCUAUGAGCGAUUCAAUACCGAGCUGGCGAAGAUUGUCAAGGCCCUGAAGGGUAAGGGCAAAGAGGAUAAAGAGGAGCUUAUCGUCAAGCUGAAGAACCAGGGCGAAGAACUGGCGAGGAUGAAGAAGGAGAAUGCAAAGUUGAAGCGUGAGAUGAUUAGCCUACGGGCGGCGCUGAAGGGGACGGAGUGA